AGCUACUUCCCCUCAUUUAUAAUGGAUGCGAGAGUUUCGCAAUUGCAGUUGUGCUUUUCCUCCACGAGUGCUUGGAUGAGCAAGUGUACCACCGUCCAUGUAUCAGCUACUCCCAGUCGUCGUAGGGCUGCUAGCCCCAUCCGUUGCGUCUCUCAGUAUUCCUUCUGCGCAGCAGAUCCUCAAUUCCUGGUCCCAUGGAGCCAGUAGCGAACUUUGUCCAGUGGCUCCUAAAGUUGAAGCUCCGGACGAUGGUUUCUUCUCAUCGCUCAAAUUUGUCACGGACGAUGCUGUGAAAUUGCGACAGGUUGACCGCCUCUCGCGAGCAGUCCAAGUCCCAACAGCGAUAGAUGAUUAUAUGAAAGACCCUUAUGACGAGAAAUUUGCUGCAUUCCUAGAUUUCCACGAGCUUCUGCAGGCCCUCUUCCCGCUCCUCCAUGCUCGUGCCCGUGUGGAUCAUGUCAACCGUCUAGGCUUGGUUUUCACUCUCAACGGCACCGACGACAGCCUCAAGCCGAUACUGUUCCUGGCUCACCAAGACGUCGUUCCAAUCAACGACGCCGCUGAUUGGACCUAUCCUCCAUUUGCCGGUCACUUCGACGGCGAAUGGCUCUGGGGCCGUGGCGCUAGCGACUGCAAGAACGUCCUGAUCGGUCUUCUCUCAGCGGUGGAGGACCUGCUAUCUCAGAAUUGGAAACCCACACGCAGUGUCCUCUUCGCCUUCGGCUUCGACGAGGAAUCCCACGGCUUCCUCGGCGCCGGAAAUAUCUCAGAGUUCCUGCAGAAGAAGUACGGCCCAGACAGCUUCGAAUUCAUCCUCGACGAAGGUGGCAUGGGUUUGGAGACCUUCAGCGAUAACGAGAACGACAAGGGCGUAGGUGCCUACGAUGACGAUGGAGUCAUCUACGCGCUCCCCGGCGUCGGCGAGAAGGGCAGCAUUGACAUCAUACUCUCGCUCGCCGUGUCCGGCGGCCACAGCUCCGUCCCGCCCCCUCAUACAGGCAUUGGGAUCAUCUCCGAGAUCAUCUACUCGCUGGAGCGACAGGACCUUUUCAUACCCGUGCUGGACGAGCGGCACCCGUCGCGGCAGAAGCUUGAAUGCCAGGUGCGCCACUCGCCUGCGCAGGUCGAGCCAUGGCUGGCCUCGGCCCUGCGCUCCUCGGACCACGUCUCCCUGGCCGAGAAGCUGGCGCAGUCCCGCGGCGACAAGUUCCGCUUCAUCCUGCAGACUUCUCAAGCUGCCGACCUCGUCGCAGGCGGCGUAAAGUCCAAUGCCCUCCCAGAGAAGAUUUCCGCCCUGAUCAACUACCGGGUUGCCCUGCACCAGACCCCGCAGGAAAUUCAGGCCCGCGCCGUCGACAUCAUCACCCCGAUCGCCCACAAAUACAACCUGAGCGUCAGCGCGUUCCCAGCGGACAAUGAGGUCGACACCUCCCUCAACAACCACCUCACCCUCACGACGCUCAGCGGCGCCCUCGACCCGGCGCCCGUCAGCCCGACCGACCUGCGCACUGAUUCCGUCUGGGCCCGCUUCUCCGGCGUCACCCGCGCUGUCUUCGAGUCCGUCCCCGCCCUUCACGGCAAGACCGUCGUCGUCAGCGGCGACAUCAUGACCGGCAACACUGAUACCAGGUUCUACUGGCCCCUAACACGGAAUAUCUACCGGUGGAGUCCGUCCCGCGCUGGACGCGCGGUGAACAUCCACACCGUCGAUGAGCGCGUGGGCAUCGACGCCCACCUGGAGGCGAUCAUGUUGUACUAUGAUCUCAUUCGCUCUUUCGAUGCUUGGAAGGGUACCACAGACGCCACGGACGACGAGGUUUUGCUUGAACUGUGACCUGGAGAUGGGAGAAGGAGUACCGUGGGAGGAAAAUAAGGAUACCAGUAUGAUACGUAUACCUGGCCGGAGUGAUCUGCGUGUACCGGCUCGGAUGCACCC